CAGUAAGUAAUAUGAAAAAAGGAAAUUAAAAUUAAAAUUGAAACGGACACCAUUUUCAGUUGCAAUUGCAAACCCUUCGUGCAGCUCUCGAUCAACACCAGAAAAUGAGUUUAAUAAAUUCAGCACCCAAACAUUCGAAACUCCUCCGCCUCCUUGAACCCAAAAAGCCUUCCUCCUUCCUUCUCCUCCGACACCUAUGCGCCGAACCCAGCUCACAACCUCCGAAACAGGACGAUGAAGCUAUUGAAGCGACAGUAACACAAGCACUUGAACUGCUGCAGCAAACCCCUCACCAUGACUGGGCUUCUUCUCAACCUCUGCACACUCUUCUUUUUCCGUCCUCGAAUCCGUCUCCCAGCGUCCUCUUUCAAAUCACCCGCCGCCUUCCCUCCCACUCUGCAGCUCUCAAUUUCGUUGACUACCUUCGAAGCAAUUCUGCAUUGCAGGAUGUGCAGGUGCUCUCUUCUGCAUUUCUGGCCGUUCUCAAUCUCGCUAAACGAGAAUCCAACUCGCCGGAAACGUUAUCUGAGCUCUAUCGGGUGUCAAAAGAGUGGAAAAUUCCGCUUAAUGUCGAUGCGGCCGUGCUUCUCGUUCGGUCCUUUGGAAUGGCUGAAAUGGUUGAUGAAUCUGCGCUUGUGUUUAAUGAACUUGAUCCGUCUCUUAAAAGCACGUAUGUUCGCAAUGUGUUCAUUGCUGUGUUACUGAAGGAUGGGCGUGUUGAUGAUGCGCUUAAGGUGCUCGAGGAAAUGCUUCAACCAGAAUCCGAGGUUCCACCGAAUGAUGGUACCAGGGAUGCUUUUUUUCACGGGUUACGGAUGAAGAAGCGCAAUGGGAGGUGGUUAAGUAUUGAGGAGAUUGUUCAGUUGGUGGUGAGAUUUGGUGAACACUCUGUUUUUCUAAACUCCAUUAUGCUCAAUAAGCUGAUAGUACAACUGUGUAGGAGCCAUCAAAUUGAUCAAGCUUGGGACUUUUUACGUGAAUUGAUGAAGCUUGGUGCUCCUAUUGAAGUCUCUUGUUUCAAUGCGAUUUUGUCUGAGUUAGGGAGGAAGCGUGAUGUUAAUAGAAUGAAUUCACUUUUGAGGGAGAUGAAGGACCGUGAUAUCCAGCCCAAUAUUAUUACUUUUGGAAUUCUUAUAAACAGUCUAUGCAAGUUGCGGAAGGUUGAUGCGGCAUUGGAGGUGUUCAAAAAGAUGAGUGAAGGAAAUGAUGGUAUUUCCAUUGAACCUGAUGUCAUCACGUACAAUGCCUUGAUUGAUGGGCUUUGUAAAGUAGGGAGACAAGAAGAAGGAUUGGCUAUGAUGAAACAGAUGAGGUCAGUAAAUGGCUGUGCGCCUAAUACUGUUACCUAUAAUUGCUUGAUUGAUGGGUUCUGCAAAGGUGGAGAGAUUGAUAUGGCUCGUGAGUUGUUUGAUCAGAUGAAGAAUGAGGGGGUUAUGCCGAAUGUGAUCACUAUUAAUACAUUGAUUGAUGGCAUGUGUCAUCAUGGGAUGAUCAAUAGCGCCUUUAUGUUCUUCAAUGAGAUGCAAGGGACAGGACUAAGAGCCAAUGUUGUUACUUAUACAACUUUAAUCACUGCUUUCUGUAAUGUCAACAAUAUUGAUAAGGCAGUAGAGCUGUUUGAUCAGAUGUUAAAGAGUGGACGCUCUGCAGAUGCAAUUGUCUACUAUACUUUGAUCUCUGGUUUGACUCAAGCUGGAAGGAUGAAUGAUGCCAGCAAUUUUUUUUCAAAAUUGAAAGAAGCUGGUUUCCGCCCUGACAUUGCAUGCUACAAUACUCUCAUUGGUGGCUUCUGCAGGACAAACAAGAUGGAUAAAGCUUAUGAGAUCCUCAAGGAAAUAGAAGACGUUGGAAUGAGGCCUGAUGCUGUCACAUAUAACACUCUGAUUACUUAUUUCAGCAGAUUAGGGAAUUUUUCAGUUGCCCUUAGUGUGAUGAAGAAAAUGAGGCAGCAAGGUCUUGUGCCUACCAUUGCUACAUAUGGAGCUCUGAUGCAUGCAUGCUGCUUAGCUGGAGAAAUUGAUGAAGCACUGAAGAUAUUCAGAAACAUCUCCAAAUCAAAGCUUUUUCCGAACACAAUAAUAUACAAUAUUCUUAUAGAAGCACUCUGCAAGAACAAUAAAGUUGAAGUUGCGUUAUCUCUGAUGAAUGAUAUGAAAGUGAAGGGGGUGAAGCCUAAUACUACCACAUACAAUGCUAUGUUCAAAGGUCUUAAGGAGAAACACAGUUUGGAGGAUGCGUUUAAAUUGAUGGACGGAAUGAUCAUUGAUGCUUGCAAUCCUGAUUAUAUUACUAUGGAGAUUCUCACAGAAUGGCUAUCUGCUGUUGGUGAAAUAGAUAAGUUGAAAACCUUUUUGAAAGGAUUUGAGGUUUCUCCUUCUGAUGCUGCAUUAGAAACACUGCAGGCGUAAAAAAGUAGUGCUUCCAAUUCUAAAAAUUCAAAUCUGCCACUCUUAUGAAUUCUUAGGUCUUGAAGAUCCAGAAUACCUGUUCAAGUUUCCCCUCAUAUUGCAUCAUUUUCUCAGCCUGCAAUUUUUGGGUUUUCUCUCCAUUGAAGGCCCUUCAUCGUGGCAGUGGUCUUGUACAUCCCAGCUUCCGCAAUUUCCUAUAAUUCUUCAUCGCAGAUUCCAUAAUCUCAUUCUGAAGCAACAAAAAUCAAAGGUAUGCAUACCUAUAUAGUAUUUGUGAAGCCAAUUCUUAAUUCUGGCAUAACGAAGAGUUUUGUCCCAUGGAUUCAUUCAGGAAUAACAGAGAACUAUUUAU